AUGUCCGACUAUCAAACGGCCGAUUCAUAUUUGUACGAUCAAGCUACUUCGUCUGAUCACACUCCGAGCGUCUCGAGUGCUAAGCGCAUGACGUAUGUCACUGAUCGCAACCAAGGCUCGUACGGAGCUGGCGUCAUUGAAAUCGAUGCUCAAUCUCAAUUGAUGGGUUCGAAGGGCUUUGCGUCUCUUCGCGACUCGUACAUUACUUUGCCUUAUGUUGUGACCUUGCAGAACAACGGCGAUGUUGGCGCCACGGCGAUGGGUGGUAUUGUUGAGAUGGAUGGUAAGACGAUUCUCACAGACGGUGACUACAAGCUCUUUUGGAACAACAUCCGCGCUCAAACGGAAUGGUCUGAAUCGGAUCGCGCGAAGCAUGUGCUAAUGGAAGUGUGUCUGGUGAUGGUUUUAUUAACAACUUCUCGAAUGAAAAUGCUCCUGGUGGUUUGCAACCGGCUGAAACUCAGUUGGGAAAAAACGAUGGAUUUGUGA